AUGGCCUCCCCUAUCGAUUCGUCUAAUUCUUGGAAAAUAUCUGAAGGACGUGUACCAGAAAGAAGCCCUACCUCCAGGAAACUCAAGCCCCAUUACAACGAUGUUCAACAUGAAUCUUACAGCAUGCUCGAAGUCGUGCCUCUGCCCGACGACAAAAUCGCGCUUCAAGAUAGCUCCAACUACAGUACUUUAGAGGCAAUAAUCCCAGAUGCUCACAAGAUCGCCAAUCAUGAUUUUGCACAGCAUCAAAACUAUUCCACACUCGAAAUCCCUAACGGCCUAGUGCCCACCCACUACCCCUUCUCAAUCAGAAGCAGGAGUAACUCACUUCGUUCCCCUUCCAUCCGUUCCCCUUCCAUCCGUUCCGCCUCCUCUUCCAUCCUCGAUAGUCCCUUACCACCUCUUCCACCAAUGCCAGCCUAUGAUUACGACCACCAAAACCAAUAUCUCUCCGUGAGUCGGAGUCCCUCGAGACAAACUCUUUCGUCGAAACAAAGUAUACGGAGUCAUAUAAGUCGGAUGGCAACGCAAUCGAGGAUCAAGGAAUGCGGUGUCUGGUUUGAUCGCCAAUUUUAUGCCGGUGAUACGGGCAUGGAGAUUUGGAUGAGCAGAAAUUCUACGAUUUUCCGGGAUAUGAGGUGGGAGGUCAUUUGUGGGACGAGGAGGGUUCUGGGCAUUAAGGGCAACCCUCACAGUUGGGGUCAGAAGAGGGGUAUGUUUUUUUUUGUUGCUUUUUGUAAAAGUCUUUUUGCGUUAUCCCUCGCUGAAGAUUCCGAGAACACGAUAACUGAGGGAAAGUUUUGCUAAUGACAAGAUGUAGAAUUUACCGACACGAGGGGAAACGUGCUUUUUCGGACGAAGAAACAGGGUAGUCAGAGGCGAAUUGCGGAGUCGAAUCGAGGACAGACAGUUUUUGCUUUCACGAGGGAUCCGGAUACUUGUAAGAUGAAAAAGCUGCGCUGCAGAGAAUAAGGAGAGGUGCCUAACUCUGGAGUAGUAAAUCCGACUUGGACAGUCGAAUUCACCAAUGCCCGUGAUAAAAGGACAGUGGUAAGGAUUUUCAACCUUUUUACAGGUUCUACGUUUGAACGUUUCGAACGAAGGACUGACUUUUAUUGCAGAGAUGGAGUGUAAGAGGAAGUGCAACAACGAGAGAUGUAUAUAUUAGUGUAAGACACCUGCCAAUUACUCUGGACGCACCUUAAGAGUCCAUUGUACUAGAAUUCCUCCUACAAUCAACUUAAUCGUCCCAAAUCACUUGGGUCCAUAAAGAUAUAUUGGUUCUAAUCGUCUUAAAUUGCUCGUAGAACUAUUUUAGUUGUGCGAGACUUUUUAGGAUAAUUUUGUUUCAUCGGAGGUGUAUUCAGGAUUCCGAUGGAUGGCCUAUCUUAUAUUUUUGCCCUUCUUGAUCUCAUUAGACCCGUUUUUCUGACCAUGAAAUAGUGUUUUGGGGUUCCUAUCGGUCGAAUAUCGAGGCCGGAAGGUGGAACUGUGAAGGAAAAGAAUAGUGUAAGUCCCUUACAAGUUUUCGGGUGUAUGCGUCGUUGCUGACAUGUGAUAGUAUAUUGUAAAAGUAUCUCCGGGGUUUGAUUAUACAAUUAUGUGUGCAUUAACGGUGGCUGUGGACGAUUUCAGGCAGGGUGGAGGUGGAUUGUAACGCUUUUAAGAAGACGGCGUGCUAAUGAUUAAUGAGUUACUCGAUCGGACUUCACUGUGUUAUCUGUGUUUCAUGGACAUAGAGCAAAAUGGAAGGAUUCCUCUUAUCUGCUUUAUCUAUGUAAUGCUAGAUUAAGGAGCAAUCGAUCGUACCAUCGCGCCUGCGUAUUGAAGCACUCUAUUACUAGUUAGUAAACCAUUUCUUUAGAAAAUGUAAACAUGCUAUCUCUAUAA